AUGCUGGACAUGAGCGAGGCCCGCUCCCAGCCGCCCUGCAGCCCGUCCGGCACCGCCAGCUCCAUGUCGCACGUGGAGGACUCGGACUCGGACGCGCCGCCGUCGCCUACCGGGUCCGAGGGCCUGGGCCGCGCGGCGGGCGCGGGGGGCGGCGUCCGGGGCGACGCGGCCGAGGCGGCGGACGAGCGCUUCCCGGCCUGCAUCCGCGACGCCGUGUCGCAGGUGCUCAAGGGCUACGACUGGAGCCUGGUGCCUAUGCCCGUGCGCGGGGGCGGCGGCGGCGCGCUCAAGGCCAAGCCUCACGUGAAGCGGCCCAUGAACGCCUUCAUGGUGUGGGCGCAGGCGGCGCGCCGCAAGCUGGCGGACCAGUACCCGCACCUGCACAACGCCGAGCUCAGCAAGACGCUGGGCAAGCUGUGGCGCUUGCUAAGCGAGAGUGAGAAGCGCCCCUUCGUGGAGGAGGCAGAGCGCCUGCGGGUCCAACACAAGAAGGACCACCCAGAUUACAAGUACCAGCCACGCCGCAGGAAGAGCGUGAAGACAGGCCAAGGCGACUCCGACUCCGGACCCGAGCUGGGCCCCCACCCUGGCAGCGCCAUGUACAAGGCUGAUGCCGGCCUGGGUGACCCGCACCACCACAGCGACCACACAGGGCAGACCCACGGGCCACCCACCCCACCCACCACCCCCAAGACGGACCUGCACCACGGGGGCAAGCCUGAGCUGAAGCUGGAAGGCCGCCGCCUGGCGGACAGCGGGCGUCAGAACAUCGACUUCAGCAACGUGGACAUCUCAGAGCUGAGCAGCGAGGUCAUCGGCAACAUGGACACCUUCGAUGUGCAUGAGUUCGACCAGUACCUGCCCCUCAACGGCCACUCAGCCCUGCCCGCGGAGCCAGGCCAGCCCGCCGCCAGCUCCUAUGGGGCUGCCUCCUACUCACACUCCGGGGCGGCAGGCAUCGGGGCGUCCCCCGUGUGGGCCCACAAGGGAGCCCCGUCGGCCUCCGCGUCGCCCACCGAGGCGGGCCCCCCGCGGCCGCACAUCAAGACGGAGCAGCUGAGCCCUGGCCACUACGGAGACCAGUCGCACGGCUCCCCGGGCCGUGCCGACUACGGCUCCUACAGCGGCCAGGCCAGUGUCACCACAGCCACCCCCGCCGCGGCUGCCAGCUCCUUCAGCAGCUCACAGGGCGACUACACCGACCUGCAGGCCCCCAGCUACUACGGCCCAUACCCUGGCUGCCCGUCCAGCCUCUACCAGUGCCCCUACUUCCAUCCUUCUCGGCGGCCCUAUGCCUCACCCCUGCUCAGCGGCCUCUCUGUGCCGCCUGCCCACAGCCCGCCCGGCAACUGGGACCAGCCCGUGUACACGACCCUGACCAGACCCUGAGGGCGCUGUGGCCCCGGGGAGGGGACUGGUGUCGGUGCGGGACAGCCUGGAUCUCAGCAAGGACGG